AAUAAGUUCGAGUCGAAGGAAAAUAACAAAAGGAGUCGCAACUUUCCGUGCCCGAAUAGCCUUCGUUGCCGAGUAGUUUACCCAGUGCCGGCCUCAAAAUGUCCAGCCUGAUGCGACUGAGUAACGCGCUGCUCGUCCGGAGCCUUGUGAACCACUCGCUGCGCAGCACCCGAUUGAUUUCCUCGUCGCAGAAGAACCGCGAUGCGGCCACGAUCGACAUCCCAAAGAAGGCGGCCGCUGCGGCUGCAAAUCCGGCAACUGCCGCCACGGCCACCACCGGUAAAAAUUGGGUCAGCUACGGAUUCGACCGCUACGACGAGACGUACGAUCGCAGCGAGAUGAAUGCGUCCUUUUUCUUCUCCGUCACCCUGUGCCUCGUCAUCGGUAGCGUCUACUGGUCGUACCUUCCGGAUCCGCAGAUGCAAGACUGGUCACAGCGCGAGGCGUACCUUGAGCUGCGACGCCGAGAAGCGGCCGGUUUGGAGCCGAUCAACAAAAACCUGGUCGACCCGGCGCAAAUUGUGCUGCCAUCGGACGAAGAGCUCGGUGCUACCGAAAUAGUCAUCUAGAUUCGCGAAAGUGUGGCCAGAUUAUGUAACGGGCCCGUUUGAACGGUGGUGCAACCGGAAUCGCCGGUGCGUACGAUUCGAUUGUAAACAGCGAGAAAGUGCUGAACUUGUGAAACAUGUAGCAGUGGUUAUUGAAAAGAAGGCAGUGAUGAAAUAAAAAUAAAUAGGAAGAUUGUCCAA